AUGAAUCAGUUUGUUUUUAUAGUUUUCUCACUUCUCGUGCUAACCCUUGUGACUACAACUGCCAGCCAAUUGGUAGAUGUGGGAGGAGGAGGAGAUGAUAAAAAUGGUGUUAAUAUGAAGAAGUGUUUGGAUAAAGAGAGACAUGCUCUCCUUCAUUUUAAAGCUCCCCUUCAAGAUCCCAAAGGUUGUCUCUCUACAUGGAGAGCUGACGAACAUGACUGCUGCAAUUGGGAAAGGGUCAUGUGCAGCAACCAAACAGGUCACGUCACAGGGCUUGAUAUUGACUUAUGUGAGCUUGAAGAUGAGAUUAGUAGUUCAUUGCUAAACUUAAGCUACCUGAAUCAUCUUGAUCUUUCUGCCAAUUCUUUUAAUGGAACCAUUCCCACCUUCAUUGGUUCCAUGACUCAGUUAAGGUACCUUGAUCUUAGCGAGAAUGAUUUUAAUGGAAUCAUUCCCAGAUCAAUUGGUUCCUUGACCGAAUUAAGGCACCUUGACCUUUCAUAUAACUCUCUUUAUGGAACCAUUCUUCCAGAGUUUGGAAACCUCACCAACUUGCAAGCGCUUCUCCUUUCAAAUGUUGGAAGAUGUAGAGCUGAAAACAUACACUGGUUGUAUCCUCUAUCUCAUUUGAGGGGACUUGCUAUGGAUGGGAUUUCCCUAGCCAAACAAAAUCAUUGGGUGAAUGUAAUUAUGAGUCUCCGGAAACUAUCAUAUUUAAGUUUAGAUGGAUGUGAGCUGUCACAGGUCAUUUAUCCGUAUUCUUCAUUUCUCAACUCUUCUUCUCCUUCAUCUAUUUCUUUCCUUUCUCUCAAAAACAACACUCUCACCUCAUCCAUGUAUCGUUGGUUGCUCCCAUUAACUAGCAAUAACCUUUAA